AUGGCAUUCAAGGUGCUCGUAGUGUCCCUCCUACUUUUCCUGAACCGUGAUCUAUGCGGCGCUCGCAGUGGACACAUUUCAAGAGAUGGGCUUCGUAGACAUCGGUUUCGAAUCCAGGCUGCACCCCUGGCGCAAACGACAGAAAACGUGACGGAAUGUGAAAGUCUGCAGCUUGCCAAAAUAUACACACACUGUUCGCUUCCCUUGUACAUAGAUCUGGUGGGAGAAACAAGAAACCUCACCGCCUCAAAAUCCUGCAGCCCCGUUCAUGCUUUUUAUCUCUGCCUGGAAGAUGGUUUAAAAAAUACGCAUUGUUCGAACACCAGAAAUCCUCUAACUCCCACGCUCAAGUUUUUUACAAGCAGCGUCCUGCACUCUUAUACGAAGCGAUGCAAUCUUAGCAGUGAUUUCGAUAGUAUCGGCCUGGUCACUACCACGGAUCUAACAUCUUCGACAAUCAACCGGAGUUUGACGGAAAAACAUCCAUCGUCCCAGGGUUCUGUCACAAACAACAGUGCCACAGAGAGUAACCACGGGAACCGACCAAGUCCUAUUCGGGGCCCUGGUGACGAGAGCAGCAAAGUUUCGGUGAAUCCGCCAAAGGAAUUAAACACAACGGUAUUAGGAACCGCUGUAACUUCUGAAGGAAAAAAAGCGGUAAAAUAUAAUUCGACAGAUUCACUUAAAAAACGUAGUGCCAAUGAGUUAAACCUGGAUAAAGGAUCGACCAAGAAGUCCAGCAAAAAAGACUCAGCACCAGCAGAUUAUUUUUUGAAUACGAGCACAGAAGCGAGUUUGAAAGAAGCAAGUUCAGUGGAAGCGCGAUUGGUAAAGCCGAGUCCGGGGCCUCGCUCAGAUGCCACAAAUGUGACAGCGAACAGUUCAACGAAUCUAGUUAAUGAUCCCAAUGAGCGAAUGCGUAUGCAACCCGCCGCCUGUUCGCCCUGUAUUGACGUGAACUACACCUUCCCGAAGAACUGUGAUACGUCCAAUCUGCUACGACGUAUGUUUACCUGCGGAGUUUCCAUGCAUAAUUUUAUUAUGAUGAAGCAAGACAUUUGCACCUGUUUUAUGGGUUACCAGCAGUGCGUAUUAAAAGCGAAGGAUGAGCUCGGCUGCGUAAAUACAUCGGCACCAAAUGAUCCUGUUGUUGCUACAGUGAAACUUCUCGAAGGAUUGUUGAUGAGCUGGUAUCAGAACCCUUGCGCCAUUUAUGAAAAAAAUCAGACGUCGAUUUUUGUUUUGUUUUUAGACCGUUCGGACGGCUGCAAUAGAACCCAUGCCGCUGUUUCAUCUGUCGUCUGCUACGCUACCUACUUCGCAAUGUCUGAGCUUAAGACUCCAGCACCCUGGACAAGUACCAGUGAUUCCUGCAGUGCCGUGAACGAUGUAAAUCGCUGUCUUAUCUCGGCCCAAAGAAAUACCAACUGCACGACGUUUCCCUUCACCACACAUUCAAGGCUGUUCCUGAAAGUGAUCACUUCGGACAAACUGCAGGAAUGCCCGUUAGAUGCAGGUUUUAAAAACAACCAGCCAUCUGGCCCCUCUUCAAAUCCCGGAUGCCAGCGCAGCAAGGCUUUGCAGAGGGCCUUGAAGUGUGCUCUCAGCUUUCAGGACCUUGCCGAUGUUGAGCGCAAUUUCAAACCCCCCUCACCUGUGCCCUGCGGGCACGUUUCGAGGCUUCACACAUGCCUUGAAGAUUCAGUUGAAGGAACCGGUUGCUACGGCGACAUUUCUAUCCACUCCGAAAUUAAGGUUUACAAAAAGGUACUCGAAGAUGCUUAUGACGCUCACUGCCUCGUCGAUGACCGGAUGAACUCCGCCCUCAGUCCACACGCUCAAGGAAAACAGUUUCUGAUGAGGUCUCACGCCAACAAACAUUCUAAACAGUCUCGUCGAGGACAUGGCUACCGCUCCUGGAGAAAGGAUUUGGGCUUGUAUGAAAGUACCGGGGACGAGAACUCUGGCUACUACUAUGACGACUCUUCAGACGGCCAGAAACCAGUGUUUGCGGGACCCCGCAUCAUCUCAGUGCACCCAGAUGACGCCGAGGAUGAUGUCGAAUACGAAAAACUGAAUUCCGACACACUUUACCAGAAGGUGCAGUCGAACCAGGAGAAGGUCGGCGGUUGGCGUCCGCUAACGGAUCGGCAGCAGGGAAAGCUGGCCGCAGGCGGGAACGGCAGUGCUGCUUCUAAUGAUAGCACGGGUCCCCAACCUUUGCUCCAGUUCAUGCAGUCCAACGAAGAGACAAAAGAACAGGUGCCAACGGCCGGACAUUUCCCAGAGGCUCAGAUGAUGGCGGCUAGUUCGAGAGACACAGAUGUGAAGCGCCCGAAGAGGAAGGGCGAAGAUGAUUACUUUUUUGGAAAUGACGUGGAGAAUUCGGAACUGGCGAUGUUUCCCAAUGGACUGGACAUGUUCCGGCAUUUUAGGGGAGACGCCAUGAUGAAGAUGGAGAGUGUGAUGGGAGGGAACGCGUCUGACUACAACGGCAAUGAAUGUCCGCCCGCCAAGGUGAAACUUGCACUUGGUCUCUGCAACGCUACGCUAAGGGGACUGCUGAUUAGAUGGCCAAAUGUCAGCGACAUUGGACUUCCCCUCGACGGAAGCAGCUCGGGUGUCAAGCAGUUUUGCAGUGACCUGAAUACUUACAAAGGCUGCCUAACCGCAGUUUUAAAGUCGUACAACUGCGACCGCGGCGACACCAUCAACAAGAUUUUCGAAGUGUACAGAAAAAAGAUCCGUCUACCGUUCUGCACCUCGUCCGCACACUUCUGCCACUUCUCGUUCCAAAUAACUCUUAUUGGCUUCUUAACAACCCUAAUGGCGAAACAUUUAUAA